CUUCCCCGGUAGUGCGAUCAUCUGAGGUUUUUUUGGGGGAACAGCGUGUGCUUUCCUCGCUGCGCGGAGCUGAGGGACGAGGGAGAAGGCACCCGCGGUGCUGGAGUUGCUGUCACUUGGGCACUCACUUGGGGAGGACCAUGUCCAGCGUGCCGGUGGCUGUGGUGACGGGGUCCAACAAAGGGAUCGGCUUUGCCAUCGUGAGGGACCUGUGCAAGCAGUUCCCGGGGGACGUGUACCUGACAGCCCGGGACCCCGGCCGGGGGCAGGAGGCAGUGGCCAAGCUCCAGCAGGAAGGGCUCCGGGCCCUCUUCCACCAGCUGGACGUCGAUGACCUGCAGAGCAUCAGAGCCCUCCGGGACUUCCUGAAGGAGAAAUACGGAGGGCUGAACGUGCUGGUCAACAACGCAGGCAUCGCCUUCAAAGUUCAGGACAAGACUCCAUUUGCAGUCCAAGCUGAGGUCACACUGAAGACAAACUUUUUUGGAACCAAGAAUGUUUGCACAGAGUUGUUGCCUCUUAUGAAGCCCUAUGGCCGGGUGGUGAACGUGUCCAGCACGGUGAGCUGCUCAGCCCUGGGGCGCUGCAGCCAAGAACUCCAGCAGAAAUUCCGGAGUGACACCAUCACUGAGGAGGAGUUGGUGCAGCUCAUGAACAAAUUCGUGGAGGACACCAGGAAGGGCGUGCACGACAAAGAGGGGUGGCCAAACACGGCCUACGGGGUGUCCAAAAUCGGGGUCACGGUCCUGUCCAGGAUCCAAGCCCGGCUGUUAAACGAGAGAAGGAAAGGGGAGCACAUCCUCCUCAAUGCCUGCUGCCCUGGCUGGGUGAGGACAGACAUGGCAGGUCCCCAGGCCACCAAAUCCCCGGAGGAAGGGGCUGAGACCCCCGUUUAUUUGGCCCUUUUGCCUUCAGAUGCUGACGCUCCUCACGGGCAGUUUGUGAGUGACAAAACUGUCCGACCCUGGUGAGCUGAGCCAAGUGGGAAUGGGAAGGUGCCUGACCUUGUUUACCUGAUUUUACUCUUGAUUUUGUCAUUGCCAGCCCUUUUCCCACUCCCCUGAGACAGGAGACAUGGAGCUGGGGUGAGGGAGUAGGUGCCUUAUUAUUUCUGAGCACAGCAGGUCUUUGUGAGGUCCAGAGCUGCUUCUUGAGGCUGUUUCUUAAGGACAGUGAGUUGUUUUAGGGCUACAGGGUGACCAGUUUUGGGGGAGACUCAUAAGACCAGAACAGAAUCACUGCUGUGUAAAGACAUUCCCUACUGUCAGAAGAAAAUUUAAUUAGCAGAAAAUAAAAAUAGCAAGGAUGUGUCAUUAAUAGAAAAAUGUAAUCAGUUGUUUUUAUUAAUAAUGUCAAGAAAUAAUUACUUACUGAUUUGUGUUCAUGCAACUGGCUUCUUCUGGUACUAAGAAUUUCUGAAGUUUGAAAAUGCAUUUUGAUUUUCUGCAGCCAAGUUUGUGGCUGGAAUGUGUGAUUUCUGCACUACAGAAAGAGAAAAUAAACCACAGAACUGAUAAAUCAAA